GAUCGUUUUAUCGGCUGCUACGGCGACGGUGAUAACACAUGCCACUCGCGUUAAGAAUGUUGCAUGCAAAUAGUUUGUUAAAGUUAUGAACUGCAGUGAAGCGAUGUUCCUUGCGGAACGCAAUAAGGGGACAUCGUACGUGCAGCGAGCAUCGUUUUUUUGACGUAUCAGAAGCUACCUGAGCGUUUCGCAACUUAACGGCAGCAAGGUCGAUCGUAACAGUUGUAGAACGUGCAUUUCCUUGAAUGAUGCGUCUUGUUCCAAUUUCGUAGCUGACACUCUGUACGUAUCUCAAAAUGUUAUACGCUGCUUUGAGUGUCAGCCGUGCGCUGUGCCGGCAUCACUUGUCCCUGCUCAAGUUCUCUGCUAGAAAAAGCAUGGUAUCCUUUUGCAAGUUCUCUGUAAACAGUUCAUUAGGAGGGCUUGCUAAAACCUCUGCAAGAUCAUUGUCAUCGCCCGGAUCAUCCCAGUGUCAUCGUCCCUUACGACAUAUCAUAGUACUCGGUGGAGGUUGCACCGUGACACUGUCCAUCGCUCUGGGCCGAUGCCUUUUACAGACGAGAGUACAGUGUGCCAAGCACAACACAAGGCUCCUCGACGCUAAGAAAGGCAGCACAGCGUCUUUUGACUGGGCUUCUUUCCUCCGCUUCUUGAAGCCGGACUGGCUACCACUUCUUGUAGCGGUUGUAAGUGCCUUAAUUGUUGCUGCUCUCAACAUUAAAAUUCCGGUGUGCCUGGGUGCAGUUGUUGAAGUCCUGAGCAGGAUAAAAUCUGGCAACACGACCCCAGGUGCAAUUCCCAUCAGCUUUUUAGAGGAAAUUCGUGGGCCCGCAGUGCGACUUUUUCUCAUUUACGUAAUGCAAAGUGUUUUUACGGCCGUCUACAUAUCAACACUGUCCUUUACUGGGGAGCGCUAUGCCACGAGGCUUCGCCAAGCACUGCUCGAGUCUGUGCUCAAGCAAGACAUGUGCUUCUUCGACAAGACAAAGACUGGCGAGAUCAUGAACUGCCUCAGCGGAGAUGUACAGGAGUUCAAAAGUGCCUUCAAGCUGUGCAUAUCGCAAGGAAUUAGAAGUGUGGCCCAGACUGUUGGUUGUGCUGUAUCACUCUAUUACAUCUCACCGAAGAUGACCAUGUGGACUGUGGUUGUUCUGCCUGCGAUGUUGGCGGCAGGAACAAUAUUUGGCUCGUUUCUACGAGUACUGUCACGGAAAGCACAAGAGCAGAAUGCUCGAGCUGCAGGCGUGGCUGAUGAAGCGUUGAGUAACAUCAGGACAGUUCGGUCAUUUGCUAUGGAGGACACAGAAGCUCAGCUCUUUAAGCAUGAAGUUGAAAAGGCCGAAAACCUGCAUACUGCACUCGGCAUCGGCAUUGGCUGCUUUCAGGGUCUGACCAACCUCAGCCUGAAUGGCGUUGUGCUUGGUGUGCUGUAUCUUGGAGGAACUAUGAUGGAAGCAGACCACCUGAAUGCUGGCCAGGUCAUGUCAUUUUUUGUGUGCAGCCAAAUAAUUCAAAGGUCACUUUCGCAAUUGUUUGUCCUCUUUGGACACUACGUUCGUGGUAUCUCUGCUGGAUCGAGAGUCUUUGAGCUGAUCAACCUGAAGAGUGAAGUGGCCAUAACUGGAGCAACACAGCUGAGCCCAAGUACAUUGCGUGGGGAUGUUGAGUUUCGGCACGUUUAUUUUUCCUACCCAACCAGGCCGAACCAGACUGUCCUUGAGGAUGUGUCACUGAAGCUUCCCGCAGGAAAGAUAGUCGCCAUAUGUGGACCAUCGGGCAGUGGCAAGUCCACGAUAGCAGCUUUAUUAGAACGUUUCUACGAUGUGACUGAUGGCUCCAUUACCUUGGAUGGGCACGACUUGAAAGAACUGGAUCCUGACUGGCUUCGACGCAAUGUGAUCGGCUACAUUCGACAGGAGCCUUUGCUGUUUGCCACAACAAUAAAAGAGAACAUCCGGUAUGGCAAGCCUGAUGCAACCGAUGAAGAGGUGUACAGUGCCGCCAAGCAGGCCAAUGCUCACGACUUCAUCAUGUCGUUUCCUCGCCAAUAUGACACCAUUGUUGGGGAGCGUGGCAUCACCGUCUCAGGUGGGCAGAAGCAACGCAUUGCGAUAGCCAGGGCCUUGCUGAAGAAUCCACAAGUGCUCAUACUUGAUGAAGCCACAAGUGCACUGGACACUGAAUCAGAAAAGGUAGUCCAGGCAGCCCUCGACAAGCUGAGCAAAGGUCGAACUGUUCUCGUCAUCGCACAUCGGCUGUCUACCAUCAGAAAUGCCGACAUUAUUGCUGUCUUGCUUGACGGGAACAUUGUUGAGAUUGGAGAUCACAAGUCUUUGACAAGGUUAAAGGGUGUUUACUGGAAGCUUACCCAACAUCAUGGACUUCCGAGAGGAAUGGGUUGAUUGGAAAAAUUUGUUUUCACCGACGUGUUGUUUGUUUUCAUAAACGAAAAAAAUAUAU